UGAUUUCCCUCCUUCUCUCGCGCUUUCCGGUCUAGGGUUUAGGUUGGAUUCCUCAGCUGUUCUUCCACGACGGCGAGUGUAGAGAUCGAGGUGCAGGAGCUAUUGGGAGGACCGGAGAUGGGAUCGGAGGUGGCCUCCGUCGUCCCGAGCUCGGUGGUCCAGGAGAGCCUCAAGCAGUUAGAGAGGCAGCAGGAGCUCAUCAGCUGCUGCACAGUGCUGUGGAAGGAGCUAUCAGACCACUUCUCCGUCCUCGAACGAGGUCUUGAGAGCAGGUCCGAGGCCCUCCGAUCCAAGCGUCAGUCCCUAGAUGCCUCCACCCAGUGCGCCCUCGACUCCCUCCGCCACCGUGAGUUGUCCAUCGACGGCGCCGUCGACCUCGCACUAGCCAAGCUCGAAGAGCGCCGCGCUGCCGCUGCUGAGGCCCUUGCGGCUGCUGCUGCGGAGGUCGAGGAGCUUGAUAUCGCUGGAAAGUUGCGGUCUUUGUGCACAAAGAUGGAUUUCGCUGGUUUCUUCGAUUUCGUGGUUGCCAAAAGGAAGGAGCUGGAGAUUCUUCGAACGGAGCUUCCUGUGGCCCUCUCUGAUUGCAUUGAUCCUGCCAAAUUUGUGUUGGACGCGAUCUCUGUGGUCUUCCCGCUGGAUAAGAGGACCGUGAAAUCACCUAAUGAUCUUGGUUGGGCAUGCGUGAUGAUUUUUGAGUCUCUGUUGCUGGUGUUGGCUGAUCCAGAGCUGGGAUCGACCAGGCCAUUGGUGACUCGGUGCGCAAGGAAACGGGCUGAAGAGAUGGCAAAGGAAUGGAAGGAGGGGCUGGAGCAUCGUGGAGGAUUUGAGAAUGUUAAGCCACCUGAUGCACACACAUUUCUCCAGCAUGUGGUGACUUUUGGAAUUGUAGAUACGAAUGACAAGAACCUAUACAGGAGACUUGUGAUCAGCUUUGCCUGGAGGAGGCAAAUGCCCAAGCUUGCUAUUUCCCUAGGACUCGAGGAUAGUAUGGAAGAUAUUAUAGAAGAAUUAAUUGACAAGGGGCAUCAACUAGAUGCUAUAAACUUUGCCUAUGAGGCUAGCCUCCAAGACAAGUUUCCUCCUAUUUCCCUGAUACAAUCCUUCCUCAAAGAUUUGAAGAAGUCAACUUCAACAUCAGAGGACUCUAACAACAGCGGGCAAGCUGUGAAUAGCACUAGCAGGAAAGACCAGUCAGCUAUUCGGGCUGCUAUCAAAUGCAUUCAAGAUCACAAGCUUGAAUCUGAGUUUCCACUAGAGAGCCUUCAGAAGCAACUCGAAACAUUGGAGAAGGUGAAGGUGGAGAAGAAAAAGCCUGCUGUUUCUAGCCCUUGUUCCAGCACUGGUCCCGCUAACAAGCGAACACGGGCCAACCAUGGCGGACCAAUGCCCCCUGCCAAGGCUGGUCGCACGACGAUCAAUGCCUGUGUUUCGUCUUUCCCAACCACUCCAGCCUAUGUGCGAUCGCCCUCUGCUCACACAACAUACUCUGCUCCACCUGCUUAUCCUCACACUGUCUAUGGCAGCAGGAGUCCACCAGCCAUCAGGGAGCCAUACGGAUACCCAGUUGAAGAAGUUGCCCACAUUCCACUCGGCGCAACAUACCCUUCACCACCAAUGAACUACCCAGCCUAUGGCGCCUACCACAAUUGUGGCAUCGGAGGUUACAACAAUGGGCUGGCACCAGGCUAUCAGCAGGCUUACUUCAGGUAGGAGGAAUAGGAAUGCGGUUGCAUUGUGGCUGAUACAAUCACUAAUAAUCCUCAAUCAUUUGCUUAAUGGCAUAUUUUGUAGUGGCUAACUACAACUGUAGGAUCCAUCAUCCAUGUGUGCUUUAUUAUUUGGUUUGCUUUAGUCAGGUUAAGAGCAGCUAUAUUUCCCGUGCUGUUUGUAAAUCAUGUCGGACUAAAUCUUAAUGUCUAAUAACUUCUCUGGACAGUUGUGAUAGUGCUACUUACUCUACUAGAUGCUUGUUGUUUAUAAAAUGUUUAGUAUCUUUUUCC